AGAUUUUGUUUCUUUUCAUAAUGUUGAUUUGUAAACCUCCUGUAACCUAUUACUCUUUUGCUGCCAAUUUCUGCUCUCUGUUUAAUCCAUUUUCUUCCAAAUCCACGAAAAAUGGCCACCAUCUUUGCCAGCACUCCAACCUCAUCUAUCACUCGGGCAAAUUUUGUGCACAAGAGUUCAUCAGGGAUCACAACCUCACGUAAUCUUGACUUGCCAGCCAUGGCAAUGAAGCGAGGAAGCGUAAGGUGUUGUAUGGAUGAGCAACAAAGUAGGUCAAACAAGGGGAUGAGUGCGUCGCUGAUAGCAUCUAUAUGUGGUGUAACCAUGUCGAGCCCAGCCCUAGCUCUGGUGGAUGAGAGAUUGAGCACUGAAGGAACUGGACUGCCCUUUGGUUUGAGCAACAACCUUCUUGGUUGGAUUCUGUUGGGUGUGUUUGGUCUCAUCUGGUCUUUUUACACUGUUUACACUUCCACCCUUGAUGACGAUGAGGAUUCAGGAUUGUCCCUCUAGUGGGUGGGUGUACUGUUUGUCAUAAUUUCCAUUAUUGAAAAGAAUAUAGAAGAAAUGCCAAGGGUUUGGCCUUUUCUUUACCAUCCAUUUUCACUGUUUCUUCUUUUCUUUUAGCAGUACUUCCUGUAUAUGUGCAAUUUGUGUGCCCUGUUUUUUCUUACCUCUCGUUACUAAUAUUAUCUCUCCAUUAAUCCUUCA